AUGAAGUAUUUCAAUUGUACCAUCUCUGCAGUGUUGGUAAGAUCGCUACCUGUGUUGGCAGGCUACAACAGUACCAUCUUUGCAUACGGACAGACGGGCAGUGGUAAGACAUUCACCAUCACGGGUGGGGCCGAGCGCUACAGCGACAGAGGCAUCAUCCCAAGGACGCUAUCCUACAUCUUUGAGCAAUUACAGAAGGACAGCAGCAAAAUAUACACAACACACAUUUCCUACUUGGAAAUCUACAAUGAGUGUGGUUACGAUCUAUUGGAUCCAAGACAUGAAGCCUCCAGAUUGGAAGACCUGCCGAAAGUAACAAUCUUGGAAGACCCAGACCAGAACAUCCACCUGAAAAACCUGUCACUCCACCAGGCAACUACCGAGGAAGAAGCUCUGAAUUUGCUCUUCUUGGGGGACACCAACAGAAUGAUUGCAGAGACUCCCAUGAACCAAGCUUCAACCCGUUCCCACUGCAUCUUCACCGUUCACUUAUCGAGUAAAGAGCCAGGAUCGGCGACUGUGCGGCAUGCCAAGCUGCAUUUGGUGGACCUGGCUGGUUCAGAGCGUGUGGCAAAGACGGGAGUCGGGGGCCAGCUCCUCACAGAGGCCAAGUACAUCAACUUGUCACUGCACUACUUAGAGCAGGUCAUCAUCGCCCUUUCAGAGAAACACCGCUCACACAUCCCUUACCGGAACUCCAUGAUGACCAGCGUGCUGCGGGACAGCCUGGGGGGGAACUGCAUGACCACCAUGAUCGCCACGCUGUCCCUGGAGAAAAGGAACAUCGAUGAGUCCAUCUCUACUUGCCGAUUUGCACAAAGGGUAGCACUCAUAAAGAACGAAGCUGUUCUUAAUGAAGAAAUUGACCCCAGAUUGAUGAUCCUUGGCCUCCAGAAGGAAAUCCAGGAACUGAAGGAUGAGCUGGCCAUGGUCACCGGGGAGCCGAGGACAGAGGCACUCACAGAAGCGGAGCUCCUUCAGUAA